CUUUCUAUCACCCUUUGAAUGGUGUCUAUUUUUAGAUUUCUUGCUGAUCGUGCUUCCUGACGACGAACGACUUAGUUUGCUGGAUACACACUUCUGUCUCUGACGAGCAAGCUAAGGCAGUAACUUCAGGCAGCCUACCAAUCAGCGGCAGUGUUUGAGACUCCCAGUUCUUGGUAUUCUCCUGCACUGCUAAAUCUGAAGGAAGAAAGAGGUCAAGCAAAGAUGAGAAUCACCGUGGCAGUAAUUUGAGAUGACAAUGACUGCAAACGAAGACAAAAGCUACUGCAACUGGAUGUCGCAACUACCACCUGAACUCCACGACAUUCCUCUCUUCAAACUUGCCAUACCGGGUAGCCAUGACUCUAUGAGUUAUGACUUGGACAUCAACUCCUCAAUAAUGGAACCUGAUAGACUUAAAAAAUUGAGCAAGAUUUAUUGUGCGCGUAAAAUAGUGCAAAAAUGGGCCAUCACUCAGGAGGAAACCAUCACAAAGCAGCUGGAUGCAGGAGUUCGAUACUUUGAUCUGAGGAUUGCGCGCAAGGCACAUGACCCUGACCCCACGAGGCUUUACUUUCACCAUGGGCUGUACACGAAGACCGAUGUGGAGACGGUUCUGGAGGAGGUAAAUGACUGGGCAGGGGGGCACCCCAAGGAGAUCCUCAUCCUGGCUUUGUCCCACUUCCAUGGGUUCGACAAAAACAUCGCCGAGCACCUCCACAGACAUCUCAUCAGCUUCAUCAUGACCUUGUUUGGAGCCAAACUCAUCCAUACAAAGGAAACUCCUAGCCUGAAGAGUUGCUGGGGCAAAGGCAGAAACGUCAUAGUCUCAUAUGACCAUUCGACGCAACAUUCCAACGAGAUAUGGAGUAAAAUACCGUAUUACUACGGCGAUAGUAUGGACACCAGCGAAGUUGAAUCCAAACUGCGUCACAUUUUGGAGAAGGCGAGUCCCGUCCAGUCUUUCUCCGUGUGCGGCCUGAACCUGACCCUGCCAGAGAGCGCCAGGGUACUCCUGUACAUCCUCCGCCCAUUUGACCACCUGGUCGGAGUCAUCCGCAGGAGUCUGCCGAGGCUGCUGCGGUGGGUGGAACAGCAAUCCGCCAAGACGCCCAUGAACAUUGUGGCCUCGGACGUGGUGACCCGUAACGGCUUUGUAUCCACCGUUAUCAAGCUCAAUAAUCCAAAUGCGUGAAACC